UUCUGGUCUGCAAAAUGGAAAUGACCUCUACAAAAAUUGCAUUAUGUUGUGUUCUAAUUCUUUCUGGAGCCACCAUAAGAGGAUGUUUUUGCUACAAGGAAGAGAAUAUCAAGGAAAAAACUCAGUCAAUUCCAUGGCCAUUACAAAUUCCUCCAAUCAAUAGAGAUGAAGCCUCUACUCAAGCUUCUGAGGAGCAGAUAAAUCAUUUCUCAGUUCACUUAUGGAACAAAAGGCUAGAUGGUAAUAAUUAUUAUGCAUUAGAAGCUACGAUGGAUGUCUAUGGAUUUCAUUUAGGACAUGAAGAACAAAGUGUGGCGGCAAUUUGGAUCUAUAGUAGAGGAGAAGAUGGAAAAUCUCCCGUUACUGGAUUUGCACUUGGAUGGCAUAUCCAUCCUGCACUUUACAAGGAUACAAAUACAUAUUUUCUUACACAUUGGACUGGCAAUGGAUCACCUCCAGAUGGAUGCUAUAACAUUCGAUGUCCUGGUUACAUAAGAACAAGUUCUAGUACAACUCCUGGGGACGUUAUUACUCCUGUGUCUAGCAUCAGGGAUAAAAAGCAGUACAUAACAAUCAAGGCUUACAAGGAUAAGAAAUCUGGUGAUUGGCAAGUCCACUAUGGAUUCAAUAGUCCUGCAAAAUUAAUUGGUUACUUUCCCAAAUCAUUAUUCUCGGACAUGGAAAAGAAACAAUUAAUUAUUUCUUUUGGUGGCUUCACAAGCCACCCACAUGCACAACCAAGUCCUCCAAUGGGGAGCGGGUUAUUUCCAGGGAGAAAUGCCGCCUCCUUCAAGAAUCUAAAAUUUGUUGAUGCAGAAGGCUCUACUCAUGACAUCAACAAAGAUUUACCAUUUAAUGUAACUUCUCAUAGUUGUUAUCGUCUUUCUACUAUCGUAUCUGGUCACUUCUUCUAUGGGGGCCCAGGUCAUUGUGUUGUUUGAAAUCUUGAGGAACGUGGAUCCAUGUAGCUCCCUUGUAAUGUCUCGUACUUAUGAAUAAAAUAUCCCAUUAAAAUAAUUUUCGAAACAA